AUGCUUACUCGCUUUAGCAGUAUUAAAUGUAAUAAAAUAAAAUACAUUACCAACAAGUUAAACUGUGAUUAUAUAUUGCUCAAAAUUGCUUUAAAUACGUGCUCUCGAAAUUUGUCUCUAGUUUUACUCAAAAUGAGUUUACUCUUUAUUUCCGUUUUUGCCAUUUUUGCAGCUGUUGUUUCAGCAAAUUCGACUGAAACAACAGGGCAAAAAGAAGAUACUUUGGUUUUGCUCCAUGUGUUAUUCAGACAUGGUAACAGAACACCUGACAAAAUGAGCAUCUACCCUAAUGACCCACACAUAACGGAACUCUACACACCCUUUGGUUAUAGUCAAUUGACUAUUAAAGGAAAACAAACAGAAUAUGGAAUAGGAAAAUAUCUCCGAGAGACCUAUGGCGAUUUUAUUCCCAGACAAUACACUCCAGAUGUGGUUUACGCAAUUUCAACGAAUUUUAAAAGAACUAAAAUGUCUUUAGAGUUAGUCAUGGCGUCACUUUUUCCUCCACUUCCAAGUGAAUUGGUUAUGCCCACCUUAGAAUGGCAGCCAAUUCCGUUUAAUAUACAGCCAAGUCAAGGCUUUUUGGGCGUUGCCUCUACUUAUUGUGCAAGUUAUAUUAACGCAUAUUUCAAAUUUUUAUUGUCAGAGGAAGGCCAAGAAAUUCGAGCCGAAUACAAAAAUUUAUACCAUGGAUUGAGCAAAAACGCUGGACAAAGUGUUAAAACUCCCAGAGAUGUAGCCGGAAUUUAUUUUGCUCUGAAAAGUGAAGAGGAUUAUGGUCUCAACUUACCAGAAUGGACUGAAGGACUUUACCCCGACAUCAUAGAAGAAGCGGCUUCUGUUGAUUAUGAAAUUGCGACCGCAAAUCCUACUUUGAGAAAAUUGUCUGCAGGAUCUUUGCUUAAAAAAAUAAUACAAGAUAGUGUAUCAAAGCAAAACGGUUCUCUACCGGAAGAAAGAAAAAUUUUCUUGUACUCCGCUCACGAGUUCAAUGUUGCAACAAUGUUGAGAACUUUAAAUGUUUUUCACAGACAUGUACCACCAUUUGGAGCAACAAUAUUUUUCGAAAUACAUAACAUAAAUGGCCAAUACGGAUUAAAACUGUACUAUCAGGAUUACACUAAAGAUGCUCCCAAACUUUUGACUAUUCCUGGAUGUUCAAGUUUUUGUGAGCUUGAUCAACUAUACGAAUUGAUGGAAGAAAAUUUACCUGGGGAGGACGAUGUGUGUACUCCAGCUGGUGAAACGAUGUAAAAAUUAAUAUUAUUGUGGAUAUCACAUUCAAAUAUUCAAGAUUUAAAAAUUGCGAAAACUAUUGUGUUUUAUUUUGAAUUAAAAAUUUGACCAAAUUAAUUUCUUUCUAAACUUUAAAGAGAAAAAUAAACUUUUAACGGGUGAACAUUACAAAACUCACUAUACUAAUAAUCUGAAAAUAUGCAGUAAAACUACAAGAGAUUUCUUUGUUAAAAAAAAAACAAUGAAAUAACUUUUCAAAUAUAUUUUAUUGUAUUGACUAUAAGCAUAUAAUAAUUGCGAUCUUCAUUUAUACAAGUUCUCCAGAGUAAUUACAGACGUCAGUUUCAGUGGGAAAAUUAUUUGACAUCAACUCAACAAGUUUGUCAAGAUCACAAAAACUUGAACAUCCGGGUAUAGUAAGCAGUUGUGGAGUUGCCUGACUGUAAUUCUGAUACAACAACUGAAAAAAAUAUAUUUCAAAUUGAGUUGAUUUGUAUAAAUAUUGUCAUACCUUUAAACCAUAAGUUCCGUCAAUGUUGUGAAUUUCAAAAAAAAUCGUUGCUCCAUAGGGUGGUACAUGUGGAUAAAACACAUCUAAGGCUCUUAACAUUACUCCAACGCUGUAAUCAUGUGCUGAAUACAAGAAAAUUUUGCGAUCUUCUGGUAAAGAACCAUCUCGUUUGGCUAAACUGUCCUCAAUAAUUUUUUUAAGUAAAUGCCCUAAAAAUCAAUUGUUACAUGUACCAAACAGUUUUACAAGAAAUAAACAAAACCUGUAGACAAUCGUUUCAAGCCAGUAGUCGCAGUGGAAAACUCUAUGUAAACAGAAGAAGCCUUUUCCAAAACUUCGGGAAAAAUAUCUGAAGUCCAAGCAGGCAAUUCAAGUCCAAAAUCUUUCUAAUUAAAAUACAAUUAAAUGCACGACUGUAAUCACAAUGCUUUUAUCUUUACAUACUUCACUUUCGAGCGUUUCAUAGAUAUUGAAUAUUUCUUCUGGUAAGAUAAUAUCUUCUCCCGUGAAAUUUGAAACUUGCAGAUAAAGAUCUUGGUAGUAAUUUAAAACUUUUUGCCCUUCUUUUGACAAAAGAUGUCUGUAAUAUUGUUGGAGGUAGUUAGUACAGUACAUAGAAGGAACACGUAUUAAGUCUAUUCCGUCAUCUAUUUCAUAGGGUAUUGGUUGCCAGUUUAAACCCGAAGAAAAAACGUCCGAAUCGAGUGGAGGAAAAAGUCCUGCAAGGACUGAUUCAAGUGACAUUUUAGUCCUUUUAAAAUCGGUUGAAAUUGCAUAAGCCACUUCCGGCCCAU